AUGGCGGCGCCCAGGGAGCGCGGGCGCUUUGGCGGCGGGGGUUUCUUCUCCUUCCUGCCCGGCGGCGCACGCUCCGAGGUGCUGGACGACCAGGAGACCGACGCGCGAGGUCGGGGCGCGGGCCGCAGAGCUUCUGCUGCCUCCGCCGCGACGCUAGCUCCGGCACCGAUCCCCGAGCCGCAGGUCGCUGAAGACACCGCCCCAAGGCGGCCCUGCCGGGCCUGUGUUGACUUCAAGACGUGGAUGCGGACACAGCAGAAGGAGAGCAGCACAUUUAGGGAGGAUUGUCCUCAGGACCGGGAGGAACUGGGCCGCCACAGUUGGGCUGUCCUCCACACCUUGGCCGCCUACUACCCCGACGCCCCGACCCUGGAGCAGCAGCAAGACAUGGCCCAAUUCAUUCAUUUAUUUUCUAAGUUUUACCCGUGCGAGGAAUGUGCUGAGGACUUAAGGAAGAGGAUAUACCGGAACCAGCCAGACACACGCACAAGGGCACACUUCUCACAGUGGCUGUGCCGCCUGCACAAUGAAGUGAACCACAAGCUGGGCAAGCCAGCCUUCAACUGCUCGCAGGUGGACGAGCGCUGGCGCGAUGGCUGGAAAGACGGCUCCUGCGACUAG